CAGCCUGGGAUGGCUGGGGACCCCCAUGGCCUGGCGGGUGAGGGGACAGGCACCACCCAAGGCCUGGGCUGAAACCUCCACGGGGGACGCUGCCUGGACGUCCCAGAAGCCCCACCCAGAGGAGAUCCGCCGUGAGAGGGAGGGUGGGAAGCAAGCCCUGUGGAAACUGAUCCGGACGGCAGGGAAUGUGCCAGGGUGGCAAGAGGUCAUGAGGUUCCCGCUGCCUCGCCCAUCCCCCUUCCUGGCCGUGGUCAGCCGGGGCCCCUGUCUGGGUGGUGGGGGCACCUUUGGAGGCAGAGAAGGGAGGAGGGUGACCUGCUCCAGCUGGCCCACCUCUGGAACCGCCUUCUUCCUUCCCCGGGCUCCUGCCAGGUCCAGGAAUUUGAGGGCUUGUCCACCGCAAGCUCAGGCUGGCUCGCGCUGCUCCCCUGUCUGGCAGGAACCUCACUCCUGCCUGUCCUCUGCGCUGGGCUUCAGGCUGGGCAUCCUGCCUGGUGUGGAGCCUGGGGAGGGAGGGGGUCUCCAGGGUCUGGCCAUCCUUCUGCUGUCAGUAAAGCUGACGGUUCCUUGUUUUCCUCUCACCAGCUCUUCCACCAGGAGAAGAGAGGGAGGUCCAGGGGAGGCCCUUGCACGCCAGGACCCUAACCCCAGACCCCUGCGUGAGAGCAUCACUGCCCUUUUUUGACUGUACCUGCAAGCUCGGGGCGGGGGGCGGGGAUGGAUUCUGAGGGCCUGGCCAGUCUCCUGGCAUGAGAUGGGAAGCCCUAAAAAACAGACUGGGCACUGUGUGUCAUGGGAGAAGGACAGGAGAUGUCAUCUGAACUUCCGUCCAUACAGCCAGCUUUGGGUCACCUGGGCAUGAAGACGGUCGUUCUCUCUGGGCAGCAGGUCCCGUGGUACAAAGGGAAGACGGCUUCUCUGCCGGGGCAGAGGCGGAAGCAGAGCCCACACUGCUGUUCUGUUCCGCUUGAGUCUUCUGGAAUGGACCUGCCUGCCCGGAAACCAGCUCACCCUUGUUCCUGGGCUUGCCCGCCCCCCCGGGGAACACAGGCAACCCGGGCGCCGGUCAGGCUGUGGCCGCAGCACUCGUAGCCAAGGAUGCCCCAGGCCUUGAAGCGCUCCGAGGGCUGCUGGGCCUGGGUGGUGCUGCUGGCCUCCGUGGUGACGCAGGGCCUCACUCUGGGCUUCCCCACGUGCAUCGGCAUCUUCUUCACCGAACUGCAGCGUGAGUUCCAGGCCAGCAACAGCGAGACCUCCUGGUUCCCCUCCAUCCUGACAGCCAUGCUCCAUGCAGGGGGCCCCCUGUGUAGUGUCCUGGUGGGACACUUUGGCUGCAGAGCGACGAUGCUGCUGGGCGGCGUGCUGGCCAGCCUGGGCAUGGUGGCCGCCUCCUUCUGCCGCACCCUCGGCCAGCUCUACCUCACGGCAGGAUUCAUCACAGGCCUGGGCAUGUGCUUCAGCUUUCAGUCGAGCAUCACCGCACUGGGACUGUACUUCACCCGCUGGCGGGUGCUGGCCAACGCGCUGGCCUCAGCGGGUGUCUCCCUGGGCAUCACGCUGUGGCCACUGCUCUCCCGUUACCUCCUGGAGGAGCUGGGCUGGCGAGGCACCUUCCUCAUCUUUGGCGGGGUCCUUCUCCACUGCUGCGUCUGCGGGGCCGUUGUGAGGCCCGUGCCUGCCAGCGUGACCCUGGAGGCCAGAGAAGGCCUCCCCUCGCCUUCCAAGAGACCCUCGCGAGGCUGCCCAGCGGCGUGUGGCCGGGCCAUCCAGCGCCACCUGGCCUUCGACGUCCUGCGGGACAACGUGGGCUACCGCGUGUACACACUGGGGGUUGUCUGGAUGAUCAUGGGUUUCCCGCUGCCCCACAUCUUCCUGGUCCCGUACGCUGUUCGGCACGGGAUGGAUGAACACAAGGCGGCCCUGCUCAUCUCCGUCAUCGGCUUUAGCAACAUCUUCCUGCGGCCCAUGGCUGGGCUGGUGGCGGGCCGCCGGGAGUUUGCGGGUCACCGCAAGUACCUGUUCAGCCUGGCGGCCCUGCUCAACGGGCUCACCAACCUGGUGUGCGUGGUGUCGGCCGACUUCUGGGUGCUGGUGGGCUACUGCCUGGUAUAUAGCGUGUCCAUGAGCGGCAUCGGUGCCCUGCUCUUCCAGGUCCUCAUGGACAUUGUCCCCAUGGACCGGUUCUCCAGCGCCCUGGGGCUCUUCACCGUCCUGGAGAGCAUCUCCAUCCUCAUCUCCCCGCCGCUGGCUGGACUCCUCCUGGACGCCACCAACGACUUCAGCUACGUUUUCUACAUGUCAAGUUUCUUCCUCAUCUCGGCCGCCCUCUUCAUGGGUGGCAGUUUCUGUGUCCUGGGCAAGAAGGAGCGGCAGGGGCCACGGGCUGAGGCCGAAGGAGCCGUCCCAGCAGCUGCCCCGGAGCAGCGCCUCGCCGUGGAGGACACGGGCAGUCCGGAGAAUCGGCUGUGUGUCGAGAUCGUGUAUGUGACCAGCGUCUGAGCCCCGGGGUCACUCACCUGUGUGAGCAGCUUCCGAGCCCUGAAGUCAGCGAGUCCUGCCUCAGCCCAGGAAGCGGACAUCUGGCUGCUUCACCAGAGGCUGGGGUGAAGGGCUGCCCAGCAGGCCUGACCCGAAGGCCAUCCCGGCUCUGCAGGUCGGGACUCAACCAGGAGCUGGGACCUCAGAGGCUGGCCUCCAAACACUCAGGAUUCCUUCCAACGAGCAGAAUCCAGGAGCAGGUCCUCCUAACUUCUCCCUUGGGCACCAGAGCCCCUGGGACCUAGGAAGGUGGGUCUGAGCCCAGCUCCCGUCUGUCACGGCCAGCUUGGCUCAGCCGCCUGCCUGUUUGCUGCUGCUACAGCUCAAGACACUGGACCCUUCAGUCCAGCCUGGAUGCCUGCCAUGUGAUCUCUUUAUCCAUCACUCUCCAGACAGUUCCGGAGAGCUCACCCCUCCUCCGAGUCCCUCCUGCUCCCCCUUCUUCCCAGGUGGCUCAGCCCUUGCCAUAAGGGCUGCCCCCAGCACAGGUUGCUGGGCCCCUUGCUGCCUGGGACCUUGGCAAGAAGGGCCUCGAGAGAGAAGAAGUUGUGACAGAGGGCCAGGCGGAGGUGUGGGCCCGGAUGCAGGGCGUGGACAGAUUAAAUGUCGGGUGGGGAACCUGUGCAGAGAACUGGAGGGGAGCCCCUGGCUUGGGCCCUAGAAUCACUCAAGGCUGAGAGACCUCUGCCUGCUCAGGGCCUGCUCGAGGGUCUCCUCCCUCCUUGGCCCCAGCCUGUAUCUCAACUGGAAGAUCAGUGUUAAGUGCAGGGAGCCAGCCAUCAGAAGUGGGGAGGAAGGGUUGCUGGGCAGGGCCCCAAGACCUCUGUGAAAUUGAGCUGCUUUCGCAACAGAAGCCCUUUCACUCCC